AUGUUGCUGGAGGUUCUCUUGGGUAUCACUGGCAAGGACUUUGUCAUUAUUGCCGCAUCGAAGGCUAUAAUGCGAGGCCCAACAAUCAUCAAAGCCGAAGAUGACAAGACACGGGAGCUCAACAACCACACACUCAUGGCUUUUUCGGGAGAGGCUGGAGAUACAGUGCAAUUCGCCGAAUAUAUCCAAGCAAAUAUUCAGCUGUACACGAAACGUAACGAUGUCGAGCUCAGCACCCCCGCCGUUGCCAACUUUGUCCGAGGAGAACUGGCCCGCAGCUUGCGAUCACGGAGUCCGUAUACAGUCAACUUGUUGCUAGGAGGCGUGGAACCCGAGACCGCUACACCCCAUCUCUACUGGAUCGACUACCUUGCGUCUCUGGCCCGAUACUACUGCCUUUCUCUCCUCGAUAAACAUCAUAACCCCGGAAUUACCCUUGACGAAGGCUUGAAGCUCCUUGAGAGAUGUACAGAUGAGCUCAAGCGCCGACUACCAAUUGACUACAAAGGAGUGCUGGUCAAGGUGGUCACAAAGGAUGGAGUGCAAGUAAUUGAUUUUGAUAACGAUAGAGUCGUUCGCAUCGCAAUGUCGAAAAGGCCAGCUGAAGCGCCACUGGAGGAGAACUUGCCAACUUCCCCCGCGGCAAAGAAGGCGCGCGUGGAGGACGAAGUCGAAAGUGAUGGUACAGCACCAGAUCUAAUCAACGGUCACGAACGAAACCGUCACAACGGUGCUGACAUCCUUGGGACGGCAGAUGAAGGACAAGAAACCAUUGACGGACACCCCCAAGAAGAUUCAAGGGAUUCUGAGAUCGACGAAGAAUUCUCAGCCGUCUCUGUUCCCAAACGUCAAUCGAAACCUGUGAAAGGCUAUGACGACCUAUACCUGGAUACGAUCAACCGCGUCAUCUUAGACUUCGACUUCGAAAAGCUGUGCUCUGUCAGUCUCUCAAACAUAAACGUCUAUGCAUGCCUUGUCUGUGGCAAGUACUUCCAGGGACGCGGCCCCAAGUCGCACGCAUAUUUCCAUGCGCUUGACGUCGCGCAUCAUGUCUUCAUCAAUCUCUCCACUAGGAAGGUUUAUGUUUUGCCAGAAGGAUACGAAGUGCAAAGCAAGAGUUUGGACGAUAUCAAAUAUGUGGUUGACCCUCAUUUUUCGAAGGAGCAAGUCGCCAAGCUCGACAAAGAAGUGCCGAAUGCACGGGAUAUCGCAGGCACCCCAUACAGGCCAGGGUACGUUGGUAUGAACAAUAUCAAGGCCAAUGAUUAUUUGAAUGUGGUCGUCCAACUACUCGCUCAUGUUGCGCCUGUCCGAAACUUCUUUCUGCUGCAAGAUUUCCCCAUUCCGGGAACUCCAGAACUUGUUCUGCGCUUUCGUACACUCAUACGCAAGUUAUGGAACCCAAGGGCUUUUCGCGCUCACGUGUCUCCACACGAAUUGCUGCAGGAAGUUGCCAUACGGUCUUCGAAGCGCUUUACUCUCACCAAACAAGCAGACCCCUCCGUCUUUUUGUUAUGGUUCCUUAACAACCUUCAUCUCGCUCUCGGGGGAUCUAAGAAGCCAUCGGACCCUAAAAAACCAACCAGCAUUAUUCAUGCUGCCUUUCAAGGCCGUGUCAAAGUCGAAUCACAAGACAUCACAGCCCAUUCUGAUACCCAAAAUGCUCGUUUAGUGUUCACUGAAUCCGGUAAUAUCGAAAGCACCAUUCAGCCAUUCCUUAUCCUUACGUUGGAUCUGCCGCCAACGCCUCUUUUCCAAUCCGCCGACCGAGAGUCUAUCAUCCCGCAGGUUUCCUUGGCCCAGCUCCUUGCCAAGUACAAUGGCAGGACUGCGUCCGAAAAGCUCUCUCAACGAGUCCGACAUCGUCUGGUCCACCCCCUCCCACCCUAUCUCCUGUUCCACAUAAAACGAUUUAGCAAGAAUAAAUUCGUCUCCGAACGGAACCAUACGAUCGUCACUCACCGCAGCACCGGAGACCUCGACAUGUCGCCUUAUGCUGAGCCCAACCCCGAAGAAUGGCCGCCAGGUGAACCUAUUAUGUAUGACCUCGUUGCAAACGUGAUCCUCGAUCCCGCAAUCGCCAUUCCCGGUGAAGACGAUCAAUCUGCUGAGAAGGGUGCUGGCGCCGGCAGUGAGAAGGUCUCGUGGCUCAUUCAACUCCAUGACAAAGGGAUGACUGCUGAGAAUGCCCGUCAUCGAGCUGCUGGGGAUCACAAGUACCGUGGCCCAGAGUGGCUUGAAGUUCAAGACUUGCUCAUCAAGCCUCUUCAGAGUGAGCUGUUGUUUACCCGAGAGGGGUAUUUGAUGGUAUGGGAACGUCGCAAGGUCCCCUCCCAAAAGGCCAAGGGCAAGGAGAAGGCCGCCGCAGAGUGA